GAUAAACUUAAAUAUGACGAAAUUAUAAUCGGUUUAAUUUUCAUUUUUUUCAAAUUGUAAGUAUUAGAAAAAGAAGAUAUUAAAGUUAAUCUGUAUUGAUAGAAACGAUCAGUAAUCGAUAGAUUUAUAUAUUAUUUAUGCGCAUGACGGGAAGCUACGUAUCAUCAUAUGUAAAUAACCGAACCACAAUAAUACACAAGUAGACAACCUUGAAAUGGACAGUAACGAACUCUCAAGUGUGGAUACAAUAAUUCUCCCGCAAUUCGUACCCGCAAUUCGUAUGAAAGUGCUUUAAAGUCUGAUUAAAUCGUGCAACUAUAAUAAAGAGUGCAAAUAGAUAGGUAUUUAAUUCAUCGCGAGACGAUCUUGUAUGUAAUACAUAGUGAUUAUCUGGACAUACAUAUUUCAUGACGAGACGCAAGCAUAAACGAACGCGGAAGAAGACUAAGUUUCUGAAGGUGCAAGAGUCUUCUCAGAAAAACAUUCGGCCGAGAUUCUUUGAUCAGAGAAAUGAAGACAAAGAAACGAGCGACACUUCGCAUCCACAUCAUCAAUAUUCUCCGGAAUCGGUGCUAUUCGAAUCGCCUCACGUGGAUCCGCUCUGCGAUAAUAAGCUCAGUCCGGAGAUCGUUUCCAAACAAUCUAGGACGAAAUUGGAGGACUUGAAAAAUGAUUCAAAAAUCGAAAUCGUUGCGCAGAUGAUAGAGCAAUCGAGUCCGAUCUCGUCCAGGUAUUGUAAGUCAAAGCUUCGGAUUUACGAUACCAAGUGUACAAAUUAUUCUAAUAAUUAUUUAGAAAACUGUGAACGCGAGCAGGAUACUAUUAAAUCGAUCGCCAGCGAGCCGUUUGAUUUCACGGAGAAUUCAUUCUGUUUAUCAUCCUUGAACAAUAAGAUAAAUAAAAAUAGAAUGGCUAAUAUAACACAUGAUGAGAGAUCCUCGAAUACCGUCGAUAAAGAAACUUAUCGAAAUAUUUUGAAGUCAACGAAAUUUCGCUCCAAUUUGGAAUCGCGUGACGACAUAUGCGUUUUCACAAAUGUCCCAGAACCUGCGAAUUUCGAUGAAAAACGACUUCCCAGUUCGAAUCAACGAGAGAAUCACUAUAAUAUAUUUGAAACGAUGGACAAUUGUUAUUUAUUAGACAAGACGUUUUCGAUGAAUGAUAAUUUCAUGCGUGAGAUAAAUAGCUAUCUGGACGAGCAGUCGUCGACGAUAAUUGGCAACAAAUUGGAGACUGAUCGCGUCUCGGAAGCCCCACAUUUUGAGAUUUUAUGCGAGACCGACGAGCGGAGCGAGCUCGGAGUAUCAGUCCGUAAAUCCGUCAAUAGAUCUGACGAUGGAUUGCGAAAUAAUUCGGAUAAAAAUAAGAGGAGAACAUCGAGUGACUGUAAAAAAUUCGAUGUCGCGCUCGAAAAGAUCAGCGAACGUUUGACAGCGAAUUGGCGUGAAUUCCGGAAGAUCUUUGCAUAUCUGCGGCAAGUGAAUGGCGGGAAGACUCGCGGCGACGCCGAUGAAAGCAGCGAGUUCUUGUUACACAAGUAUAAGAAGUUCCCCCACAUCUCCGUCUCGACAUUGUCCCUGCCGAGUCUACCCUCCGUCUUUUGCACAUCUUCGACUUCGCCGAGGAAACUGAACCAUCAGCAUGAAUCGAAUGAAUGCGAAAGAUCGAAGCGAGAAGCCGAGAAAAAUGAUAUUCCGCCGACGCCGGAGUCCACGACACCUCGCGUGAUCGGAUUGAUGAAACGCUAUCGCCGAACGACCUUAACAUUCGGGGAUGAGGAUAAAGCCGACGAAGGAGAGGCGGCUAGGCAUUGGCAACCGGCAACCGGCGCGUCGGAUAUCACGGAGACGGAUCCGCUUUCGGAAAUGAAGAAGAAGAAUGAGGAACAUUCGCUUCCAUUAGAUCUACCCUUAUUCUAUAAAAUAUCUCAUCAAGACAGCCGCUUCCCGGAAUCAACAACCGUUUCCAAACUAUCUGACUAUGAUUGUCGUCGUAACGACUCUUUGCAAAAAACAGAAUAUCACUGGAAUGGCUCUCGUAAUCACCAGGCACCCCAAACAACAGUUCGAGACACUCCCACCAACGUAUUUCAACGAAGAAACAUUACCCGUAUGAUAAUCACAUGGGUGAUCACUAUCAGCAUUUGGCUGAUAAAAAAAUUGCUGCAUCUCAUAAAUGGUUACAAAAAACUGCAACAGAAAUUGAUCGUUCCGCCUUUAUGGAGGAUUUCUUCUUCGACAAAGAAAUUUGAUCAUCUGGUGGAAACAAUGCAUUCCGAAAAGGAAAUGCUGCAUGUAAUGUCGGAAAGGAUGAUGCGACUUUCGGAAGAUUUCAAUCAGAUGCGAACGAACACCGAAACCACUCUUAACGCUCUGACAACCAAUAUGAACAUCUUUCGUGAAACUAGUAAAAAAAUGAUGGAAGAUAAUACUGCAUUGCUUUUGGAGUUAAAGAAAUUACGUGAAAUUAUUACGCUAGAGGAAGUUCGAUUGAAAUCUUCGCAACAGGUCUCCUUACCUUUUUCUCGAUCAUCUCCAUCUUUUUCUUCACCACCACCACCACCACCACCACCACCACCACCACCACCACCACCACCACCAUCUUCGCUACCUCUUUCAUUUUCUCCAAAAGCGCACACCUCCGAAUUAGAAUCUUCAAUAUCACUCUCACUUCUUCCGCUUCACUCUUCAGUUUCCUUGCAAUCUCAAAUGCCAUUGAUACAACCGACGACACCUAACAGUAGCAGAAGUAAUAAGAAUAGGACACCCACAAGAAAGUGUUCCACACCAUUAUGCAACAGGCCUAAGAUCACUGUCGAGGACUUACUGAAAGUCACCCUGAAAAAGGCUCCACAAAAUAUCAAAGAAAAUAGACGAAGUAUUGUAUCAAGCCCAAGAGGUCCGAUUGUGUCCUUGGAAAUGUUGCGUAAUGUAAAGCUGAAAUCCGCGAAGCGUAGACCUAACGCUCAAACUGGAAGAUCACCCAGAAAUGGUCGAGUCAUUAAAAACCGAAUUGCAUCAAAUGUCAAUCUCUCGCCGAUUUUGACUGGUUCGGAAGGCAAUUUGGAGCGAAUUCUGCGGCGAGUAGAUCUAAACAGGCCGAGGAGACUCUUGUCCAGCUCAAGCAGCUUCCGCGAACGUGAUUUCACAAGGGAGACGCAGUGUCACUCGUUGGAAACAUUGGCGUACAGUCAAUCACAAUCCACGCUUGAAUGA